CAGAAGACGUUAACCUUUUGGGGGGAAGACUCUUCGCUUUGAACUGUCUGUUUGCUCUUGAGACUUCCCUAUGAUCUAUCCAUCUUUCAGAUAAUCAAUCAACGUAUCAUUCAACCUAUCAAGUGGCACAUUAAGUCAUUAACUUUUGGCAUUAGAUAUUGUUUCAAUAAGCGGCUGAAGCUAAUGGUUGACUCGGAUAGUUUAUGACCUGAUAACUAUCCAAAUAUCGUGGCCUGGAAUCGUGUGUGUCGUGUAUCAAUAACUCCCUGAAGAGAGCCAGCUACUGUUUGGGCCACUGAUCACCGUCAUUAAAAGUAUCUCGGUGUAUAGUUGUAGACGGUGGAGCCUAAUCGAGUUAAAUAUACAUUUUCUCAAACAAAAAGCAAAAGCGAAAUAUCAGGUUUGUGAUAAUUCGAUUUUUGGCAACAAAAAAAUAAUGCUGCAAUAUGGUAUAGCAUGGUAUCCUUAUGAAUAUUUAUAAUCGAAUAGAGUCGCGGUUCUCUGACGAUUGACAGCCAAAAAAUGAGAGUUUUUAUAAUCCAUACACUCCGGUACACCCGACCCGACCGAGUGGAGUGGAGUGGAAUGGAUGGAGACGAGCCACACAUCUAGUGGCGCGGUCGAAGGUAUUUGGCUAAUUAAACAAAUUUUUCGAGACAAAAUGCGGAGAAAAACGUUUUGGGGGUUCUAUUGAUUUAUGAUAUGGCAGCACUUCCGUUUAAGUCCGCAGAAUCGGCGACUCGUAUAAAAGUACAGGAGCCCCAGCAUAGAGAUAUUAUUCGAUUCGUUGCCCCAUCAGCACACAGAUCAUCAAAAAUGAAAUUCCUCGUCUUGGCUCUGGCUUUGGUUGGUUGCGUGGCCGCCGAUGGUGGCUACAACUACGGAGCACCCGCUCCAGUGAGGUCUUAUCAGCCCGCCCCUCAGGUACAGCAUAAUUUUGCGGCCUCCGCUCCGGCUCCAGUGGCUGCCCCGGCUCCAGCGCCAGCUCCAGCACCAGUGUUCCAGGCUGCUGAAUCAGCCCCAGCCCCAUCUAGAAGCUACGUGCCCCCAGCACCUGCUGCCUCCGCACCCGUCCAGUCCUUCGCCCCUGCUCCUGCACCAGCUCCAGUCGUCCAGCCUGCUGCCUCUGCCCCGGCUCCAGUCCGUUCCUAUGUGCCACCAGCACCAGUGCGGCAGCAUCAUUUUGCUGCCUCCGCUCCGGCUCCAGUUGCUGCUCCUGCUCCGGCUCCCGCUCCAGUCUUCCAGCCUGCUGCCUCUGCCCCGGCUCCUGUCCGUUCCUAUGUGCCCCCUGCACCCGUUGCUGCAGCCUCCGCUCCCGUCCAGUCCUUCGCUGCCCCUGCACCAGCUCCCGCUCCAGUACAGUCCUUCGCCCCAGCCCCCUCCUUCCAGGCUCCGGAGGCAGCCCCAGCCUUCGAGGCUGCCGCCUCUGCCCCGGCUCCAGCCCGCUCCGGCUACGACUACAGCCAGCCCCAGUCCAGCCAGGGCUACAGAUACAGGACCGUGCGUCGUCGCGUCCUGAGGCACCGUGCUUAAGGUGGGAAACCCCAGAAAAACGACACCGAAAUAAACGAUUAUG